CUCAUUUCGAAUUUCCCCUCGGUCCCAGUAAGACAACGAUGGCGCAGCAGCAGAUGCCCGAAUUCAAGCUCAUCCUUGUCGGCGACGGCGGCGUCGGCAAGACGACCUUCGUCAAGCGCCACUUGACGGGCGAGUUCGAGAAGAAGUACGUGGCGACGCUCGGCGUCGAGGUCCACCCGCUCAAGUUCGAGACCAACUUCGGCCCGAUCAAGUUCAACUGCUGGGACACGGCCGGCCAGGAGAAGUUUGGCGGCCUCCGCGACGGCUACUACAUCCAGGGCCAGUGCGCCAUCAUCAUGUUCGACGUGACGUCGCGCAUCUCGUACAAGAACGUGCCCAACUGGCACCGCGAUCUCUUCCGCGUCUGCGAGAACAUCCCGAUUGUGCUCUGCGGCAACAAGGUCGAGGUCAAGGACCGCAAGGUCAAGGCCAAGCAGAUCACGUUCCACCGCAAGAAGAACCUCCAGUACUUUGACAUCUCGGCCAAGUCCAACUACCAGUUCGAGAAGCCCUUCCUCUGGCUCGCGCGCAAGCUCGUCGGCGACAACAACUUGACGUUCGUUGAGGCCGCCGCCCUUGCCCCGCCGGAGGUUGUCAUGGACCAGAACCACAUCUCCAGCCUUGAGGCCGACCGCCUUGCCGCCAUCAACGCGCCGCUGCCCGAUGAGGACGACGAUAUCUAAGCGCUGAGGCCAUUUCUUAUUUGCACAUGCGCGGGCGCCUGUCCGCGGUAGUAGACAAAAGUGAACUCAAUCAAGAAAUCUCUUUUCCAUCUCUUACA